ACGUAGCCUCAGCAAGAGUAGGUUCCCGCCAUUAGGAGUGGCGUAGUGUGAACGGGGGAUCCGACUCCGACUCUAAAACCCCAAAAAGGCUGUCUUUACUGGUGGCGACUAUACCGAUGGAGGAUCCCAUUCCCGGCGCCGUCCCCGCCAGCCAGCCCACCCGCCACCUCCAGGCCGGGAUAAUCUCCAGAGUCCGUGUAGAAAAUUUCAUGUGCCAUAGCAAUCUGGAAAUCGAGCUAGGAGAUUGGGUUAAUUUCAUCACCGGUCAGAAUGGAAGUGGGAAGAGCGCCAUACUAACGGCGCUCUGCGUCGCAUUCGGGAGUCGAGCUCGUGGAACGCAGAGGGCGAAUACGAUUAAGGAUUUUAUCAAGACGGGCUGCAGCUACACACUAGUUCAAGUUGAGAUCAAAAAUCAAGGGGAGGAUGCUUUCAGACCAGAAAUAUAUGGAGACAAAAUAAUGGUGGAGCGCAGAAUUUCGGAAGCAUCUAGUUCCAUCACAUUGAAAAAUAGUCAAGGUAAAAGGGUAGGUACCAAGAGAGAGGAUCUGCGUGAGAUCAUCGAAUACUUUAAUAUUGAUGUAGAAAAUCCAUGUGUGAUAAUGAGCCAAGACAAAAGCAGAGAAUUUUUGCAUUCAGGCAAUGCUAAAGAUAAGUUCAAGUUCUUUUUCAAGGCAACUCUACUUCAACAAGUUGAUGAUUUGUUGAAAGGUAUUGAGAAGCAACUAAAUGAAGCAACUGCCCUGGUUGACCAUUUCGAAGAGUCGCUUCGACCAAUACUGAAAGAACUUGAUGACUUGCAAGAGAAAAUCAAAAGCAUGGAAUUUAUGGAGGAGAUGACUCAGCAGGUGCAGUCGUUGAGGAAGAAGCUAGCUUGGUCUUGGGUAUAUGAUACUGAGAGACAACUUGAAGAACAGCAUAAAUUGAUUGAAAAACUGAAAGGAAGGAUACCCAGCUGUCAGGCAAUGAUUGAUAAACAUCACCAUAAGAUAGAAGAAUUGAGUGAUCUAUUGGCCAAGAAGAAAAGCCAGAUAUCAAUUAUGAUUGAAAAAACUUCUGAAGUGAGAAGAAUGAAGGAGGAGUUGCAGCAAAGUCUUUCCAUGAUUAUGAAGGAAAAGACUGAACUAGAAGAGGAGAAAGACCGGAGGACUAGGCAAAUCCAGAGAAAUGUUCAACAACUGAAAGCUCUCGAUCAGCAAAUUCAUGAUCUCCAUGAGCAGUAUAUGAAAAAUACACAGGCUGAAGAAGAUGAGAUAGAGGAAAGGCUACAGAGGCUCCAAGCUGAGGUAGAUAAUGCUGAUGCUAACUGUCAGAGAUUGAAAGAGGAGGAGGAUGAAGCAAUGCAAAAAGUUGCUAUAGUACAGAAUCAAUUAAAAGAAAUUGUCAAUCAGAUAGAAGACUUUGAGAAGAGACAUCGUGAAGUAUCUUCUCAUAUUCGUGAGCUCCAGAUGCAUCAAAGCAAUAAGGUGACUGCAUUUGGAGGAAGUCGGGUGACAGCUCUUUUACAGUCCAUUGAACGGAAUCAACAUAGAUUUCAAAUUCCACCUAUUGGUCCCAUAGGUGCUCACGUGAAACUACAUAAUGGGGACAUGUGGUCUAUAGCUGUUGAAACUGCAGUUGGCAGGACACUUAAUGCUUUCAUUGUCACAGAUCAUAAAGAUUCCCGUAUUUUAAAAGCAUGUGCUCGUGAAGCAAACUAUAACCACUUGCAGAUUAUCAUGUAUGACUUCUCAAGACCUAGAAUUAAAAUACCAAGUCACAUGCUUCCCCAGACUAAUCAUCCCACUGUAUUAUCUGUUAUGGAUUCUGAUAACCCAACGGUGCUGAAUGUUUUGGUUGAUGUGGCUGGUGCUGAGAGGCAAGUUCUUGUUAAAGACUAUGACGUUGGUAAAACAGUUGCCUUUGAUCAGAGGAUACCAAACAUGAGGGAGGUUUACACAUCUGAUGGGUACAAAAUGUUUUCCCGCAGUUCAGCCCAAACAAUUCUGCCCCCAAACAAAAAUUUGAGAGCUGGACGUCUUUGUGGCUCAUUUGAAAACGAGAUUAAACAUCUGCAAAGAGAUGCAUUAGAAGCAAAAGAGAAUGUCCAACAUGGUCGGGGUCUAAAACGGGGCAAGGAGGAAGAAUUGAGAAAUCUUCAACAAGAAUUGAGCAUUAUAAAGAGAAGGCGCAUGGAUAUGGAUCGAAGUUAUAGGGCUAAGGAAUUUGAGCUGAAAGAUGUGAAAAAAAUGCAUGCAUCUGUAGCAACCGCUGCACCUUCGUCAACUGGAGAUGAACUUCAUCGAGAUAGAUCUAAACUGCAAGAGGCAAUUCAAGUAAAGGAAACUUCAUUGGAAAAUUUUGAGACGACAGUGAGUGAAGCAGGAAAAAAGAUCACAGAGUUAAAAGUGUCCUUGAGAAAUUUGGGCGAGUCAGCAAAGUCCGAAAAUAAUGCAUUAGCUGAAGCAGAAAAGGAAUUGAUGAUGAUAGAGACAGAUUUGCGUAACGCAGAAGGGGAGAAGAAACAUUAUGAGGAAUUUAUGCACACUCGAGUCCUUACUGACAUAAAAAAUGCGGAGGCCAGAUAUCAGCAGCUUGAUCACAGUUGUAAGGAGAAUCGUCAAAAAGCAUCCUUUAUAUGCCCUGAGAGUGAGAUUGAGGCUUUAGGAGGCUGUAAGGAGAGCAAUCCUGAGCAACUCAGUGCUCGCCUUAGUAGGUUAAGUGAAAGGCUUGAGCGAGAAAGCCAGAGAUUCCCAGAAUCUAUUGAAGAUCUCAGAAUGCUGUACGAGAAAAAAGAGCGUAAGAUCUCAAGGAAAAGGCAGAUGUAUCAAGCUUUUCGGGAAAAAGUGCAAGCAUGCGAGACAGCAUUGAAUUUGAGAUGGAACAAAUUCCAGAGAAAUGCAACUCUUCUGAAACGCCAGUUAACAUGGCAGUUUAAUGGCCAUUUAAAAAACAAAGGUAUCAGCGGUCAAAUCAAAGUUGAUUAUGAAGAGCAGACUCUAUCUAUAGAGGUAAAAAUGCCUCAAGAUGCAUCUAGCAGCACCGUUCGUGACACUAGAGGGCUUUCAGGUGGCGAGCGAUCAUUUUCAACACUAUGCUUUGCUCUUGCACUUCACGAGAUGACAGAAGCCCCAUUCCGUGCAAUGGAUGAGUUCGAUGUAUUUAUGGAUGCUGUUAGCCGGAAAAUCAGCCUGGAUGCUCUAGUGGAUUUCGCGUUGAAUCAAGGUUGCCAGUGGAUAUUUAUAACACCUCAUGAUAUCAGCAUGGUGAAGAACGACGAAAGGAUAAAGAAGCAGCAGAUGGCUGCGCCGCGGGGGUGACUGCGCAUCAGGAGCACACCAGCCCCCCCCAUCUUUUGUAGCAAGUGUAUGUACAUGUAUGUAUUUUGUGCCUGGAGCAGCACUCUUUUUAACCCCUCUGGUUUUGAGCAAUGCAGUAUUGGCUUGAAAUAGCCAUAAAACUUUGUUCUUGAAUUCAUGUAAAUUACUGUUUAUUUUAUGGGUCAGUGUUUAUAUAUAUUAGGAAGGUAAGCACCCCCUCAAUGUUUGUUUAGGGGAAUUUUGAUGCUCCUAA